AUGGCUGACGACGACCACCGGGUCAAGCGCUCUCGCUUCGAUCAAACCGACCCUGAGCCUCCUCGUCGCUCCCGAUUCGAUCGUCGCUCCCGAUCCCCGUCUGCUAGACAAUCCGAGUCAACUCGCACCCGCAGUCCACUAAGUCGCGAGCCGCGCAGUCCAGCUGGCGAGGCUCCGGCAAAGGCUUCACUUGAUCCGGCAGCUGCAGCUGCUGCGGCGGCGGCCAAGAUCAAUGCUCAGUUGCAGGCAAAGAAGGGCAUUCAGCAUGUCGACGUUCCACCAGUCCGCUCGACUGAUAGCCCCGGAGCGCAUUCGGACGCAGACGGCAAGCCCAACACCGAGAUCUACGUUGCGGACGGAGACUACAUCAAAGACAUUGAGAUCAACGAUCUGCGCAACCGAUACACCCUGACUAAGGGCUCUACACAAAAAAUGAUCAAAGAUGAAACUGGCGCCGAUGUCACCACCCGAGGAAACUACUACCCGGACAAGAACAUGGCGACCGCUGCCAACCCCCCUCUCUACCUUCAUGUGACCAGCACCAACAAGGAAGGCCUUGAGAAGGCUGUGCAGAUCAUCGAUGAUCUCAUGAAGAAGGAACUGCCGAACCUGGUCGACGAGCGACGCUUCCGUCGGAGGGAACCCGAGCAGCAAGUAGAGCGGGACGAGUUUGGUCGCCGCAAAUGGCCCGAUGAGCGGAUUCCUAUUGAUCUUGAACCCAUCCCUGGAUUCAAUUUGCGUGCGCAGGUUGUCGGUCAGGGUGGUGCCUACGUGAAGCACAUCCAGCAGAAGACUCGCUGUCGCGUUCAGAUCAAGGGUCGGGGCUCUGGAUUCAUCGAAUCGAGUACUGGCCGGGAGAGUGACGAGCCUAUGUUCUUGCACGUCGCCGGUCCCGACCCAAACGACGUUCAGGCUGCCAAGGAGCUCUGUGAAGACCUGUUGGCCAACGUUAAGGAACAGUACCAGCACUUCAAGGACAACCCGCCACAGCACAGCUACGGUGGCUACGGCCGUGGCGGCGGAGAUCGCGGAGACCGCGGAGAUCGUUACCACGGCGGAGGUGGAGGCAGAGAUGGGGGUGGUUACAGGGACCGAUACAACGAUCGUCACCAGCAACAUCAGCAACAAUCUCCUGGUCCUUCUGCUAGCCCCACUGACCAGGCUGCUUCGACCGCCGCCACUGCCGACUAUAGCGCCGCGUAUGCCCAGUACUAUGGAUCUGCCGACCCCUACGCCGCCUAUGGUGGAUACCAAAACUACGUGGCCUAUUAUCAAUACUACCAGCAAGCCGCUGCCGCGCAGCAGCAACAACAAGCCGCCGAGGGCCAGGCGCCCCCACCUCCCCCUGCCAACGAAGCACCUCCGCCUCCUCCGCCAGGCUCUGAUGCUCCUCCCCCACCCCCGGGCGGAGGUAGCUACGGUGCGGUCCCACCCCCUCCUGGUCUGUAA